CACUAUUAGACCAUGGCGGGCCAGGCUGAGAUGAUCGUCAUGCAGCCCAUGGCAAUGCAGUUGGUCUCAGAAAACUUGACGCGGAUUGCAACUUCCAAUCUGACGCUGGAUAUGCUACAGAGGGAAAUCGUGAAUUUGACAAACGAUGUUAAUGACAUGUUUUUGGUGAUCUGCGCCAUUAUAACCUCAUUCAUGCAAGUUGGUUUUGCCAGUCUUGAAGCAGGCUGUAUCAACUCCAAAAAUGUAACAAAUAUCAUUUUAAAAAAUGUAUUGGACACAUUUAUCUGUGCUAUCUUCUACUGGUUGGUGGGAUACAGUUUGGCCUACACGGAUGGAAACCCCUUCUUUGGAUACUCAGGCUGGGCAGGGGCCUCGGUGUCUUCCUACAGCUUCUGGGUGUUUGAGUUUGUCUUUGCCUCCACAGCCUCUACAAUCCUUUCUGGCGCUGUGGCCGAGAGGUGUUCCUUUGUCACUUACAUGGCCUACAGUUCUAUCAUCUCAGGGUUUGUUUACCCAGUUGCCUCACACUGGGCAUGGGGUGAAGGAGGGUGGCUCAAGACCCUUAACUUCCUAGACUUUGCUGGCUGUGGAGUUGUCCACUCGCUAGGUGGGGUUUGUGCCUUUAUAGCAGCAGUGUUCCUUGGGCCUAGGAUUGGAAGAUUUAAGGACGGCAAAGUUGUAGACAAGCCAGGCCAUUCCAUGUCGAUGGUUGGCCUAGGAGGCCUGUUGUUGAUCUCUGGUUUCAUGGGGUUCAAUGCUGGAGCUCUCGGCCAUAUUAAUGGACGAGGAAAAGCUUUGGGAAAAAUUGUCCAAAACACAGUGCUGGGAGGCAGUGGGGCAGCCGUCACAGUGCUUGUGUUGUGCAGACUUGGACUUGUUGGGGAGAAGAAGUGGGCGUUCGCUAUUACACUCAACGGUGUCAUUGCUGGGAUAGUAGCUGUGUGUGGUGCUGUGGACCAGUAUUCUCCUUUCAUGGCUCUUGUUGUUGGUGCAGGAGGUUGUCUGGCAUUCCUCUUAGUGCGACAUAUUGUCCUUAAACUCCAAGUGGAUGACCCCUUGGAUGCAGUUGGUGUACAUUUUGGAGGAGGAUUUUUUGGACUAAUUGCUGGACCGAUGUUUAUUCCAAAUGGAGUCAUUUUUGGGCUGAAUGACGCAUCCUUGAAGCAACUGGUGGUUAACUUGGCAGGAGGUGGUGCUAUUGUGUUGUGGUCAGCCUGCUGCAGUGUUGUAUUGUUUGGAUCACUGUGGAUAUCUGGCCAACUUAGAGUUUCUGAGGAACAAGAGAUUAGAGGUUUGGAUGCGACCAAGCACAAUGAACCUGCUUAUCCAAUUGAAGGUUGGGCAAUAGAUUAUCCUAUACAGAUCUCCCAAAACAGCCUUCAUAAAAGUGGAAGUUACACCCUCAAUCGUUCCAGUGAAAAUGAAUAUGUAGUGAUUGGACCACAACUAGCACAAUUAAAUAGAUUAGAUCAUAUAUGAAAUUUAAUUUAACUAUAUUAUUUUUAUAAAAUUACCUAC